AUGAAGACUGCCUUAAUUUUGCUUAGCCUUUUGGGAAUGGUCUGUGCUUUCUCUAUGAAAAAUUUACACCAGAGAGCCAAAGUAGAAGAUUCUGAAGAAAAUGGGGUCUUUAAGUACAGGCCACGAUAUUAUCUUUACAAGCAUGCCUACUUUUAUCCUCCUCUAAAACGAUUUCCGGUUCAGGGCAAUAGUGACUCAUCUGAAGAAAAUGGAAAUGGUGAUAGUUCAGAAGAGGAAGAGGAAGAAGAGGAGACUUCGAAUGAAGAAGGAAACAAUGAAAAUUCUGAUGAAAAUGAAGAUGAAGAAUCUGAGGCCGAGAACACAACACUUUCUACGGCAACCCCUGGGUAUGGAGACGAGACCACACCUGCAAGGGGGGAUGUAGGUUUCGCUGCAAUCCAGUUUCCCAAGAAGGCUGGGAAUCUAGGAAACAAAGCCACAAAAAGCGAGGAAAGUGAUGAAGAAGAAGAAGAGGAAGAGAAUGAAAAUGAAGAAAAUGAAGCUGAAGUGGAUGAAAAUGAGCAAGGCAUAAACAGCACCAGCACCAACAGCACUGAAGUAGAAAAUGGCAAUGGCAGCAGUGGUGGGGACAAUGAAGAAGGUGAAACUGAAGACGACGCAGAAGGGACCACAACGACUGGAGGACAGGACAAUGGCGGCUCUGAGACAACAACUUUGCCAGAUGGUGGGUUUGCACGUACAACCCCACGACAGGAGAUCUACGGGACCACCAACCCACCAUAUAGGAAAACCACUACUGGAUACGAGGAGUAUGAACCAACAGACACCAAUGGAUAUGAGGAUGACUAUGAAGUCUACGAUAAUGAGAAAGGGGGGACUCGUGGGGACAAUUACCGAGUUUACGAGGAUGAGUACAGCUACUACAAAGGGCAAGGCUAUUAUAGUCAUAAUUACUACUAG